AUGGCCGACGAAUACGUCGUCUGCACCCUCAGCACCUGCCCCCUCGAAGAGUCCAUCUUCUCCUACCAACCCUCCCUCGCCGCCAACGCGAGCUUCCUCGCCCUCUUCGCCCUCACCGGCCUCCUCCACACGAUCCAAGGCAUCCUCAGCCGUAAACGCGCCUUCUGGAUCGCCGCCGUCCUCGGCUGCAUCGCCGAAGUCAUCGGCUACGCGGGGCGCAUCAUAUCGCACUACAACCCCUUCUCGGAGAACGGGUUCCUGAUCCAGAUCUGCUGUCUCACCAUCGCGCCCGCCUUCUUCAGCGCGGCCAUCUACUUCACCCUGGGCGACAUCGUGACGGCGGUCAGCCUGCGGAGCAGCCGGGUGAAGCCGCGCGGCUACGCGGCCAUUUUCAUCCCCUGCGACGUCAUGAGUCUGAUCCUGCAGGGAACGGGCGGCGGCAUGGCGAGCGUGAGCAGCCAGAACGGCGAGGAUCCGGCCACGGGCACGAAUAUCAUGGUGGCCGGGUUGAGCUUUCAGGUCGCCAGUAUGACUCUGUUUAUUCUGCUGGCGUUGGAGUAUAUCUUGAGGGUGAGGCGGAUCGAGGGGAAAGAGGUGUCGCGACUACCCGUGUCGAAGAACAAGCUGUGGUUGUUCGUCGGCUUAUUCUCGCUCGCAGUCAUCUGUAUCUUCAUCCGGUGUAUCUAUCGCGUCAUCGAGCUGAGCGAGGGCUGGGAUGGAGAUCUGAUCAGGAAUGAGCGCAUCUUCAUUGUGCUAGAGGGAGUCAUGGUCCUCCUCGCAGUCUAUGCAUUGCAUAUCGGCCAUCCUGCCUUCUUGGAUCGGGGAAAAGCCGCCGCCACCACCACGGAGACUUCUCCUACCAUCGCCGAGGAGGCGAAACGCUGA